CCCAAUGAAAGUCUCAAAUGGCCGGCUUGCCCGUUCACUCCCGGACAGCCUUAGCUAGGGGCCGGAUUAGGCAACUAGUUAUAUAGAUAAGCAAACAAAUGUAGUCGAUCACAUACCAGUAAUAUCCUGUGCUACACUUGGACCAUGUGCUACAGCUUCUUGUGGCCGGCCAUAUUUGUGUUGCACCAGUGGACUGAGUGGACUGUUGUGUCUCUCUGUUCUGUGGUUGUGAGUGGUGACUGAAGGUGUCUUUUUCCCGGUCGAAGCAGCGGUUCCUGUAGGAGACAGAAAGAUAAAACAACUUUCAUAAAAAGGUUACAAAGUCGUAAUCCCGAAAAAUGUCUAAUAAAAAAACUUUAAACAUUGUUGUUAUCGGAGAGACGGGCGUCGGGAAAUCAACAUUUAUCAACAUGUUCCCAACCUAUUUUAGAUAUGACAAUAUAGAUAAAGCAGUUGAAGAUUUUGAAAAUAGUGUUGUCAUACCUACGGUUGUGACCAUUUACGAUGAAGAUGGCAAAGACCACGAAUAUGAAAUAGGUACAGAUAAUGAUAAAAUUCAGGAAGCAGGUUGUAGUGGUACUCAGACUGUUAAGUCGUACUUUUUUGAAUGCGAAGAAAGUGACUUUAACAUAAAUUUAGUAGACACUCCAGGAAUGGGAGACCAGAAUGGUGUAAUUGCAGAUAAUGAACAUUGUGAGAUGAUCUUGAAUCAUUUACGUGACUUGGAUGAAAUACAUGCCUUUUGCUUUUUGAUGAGACCAACGAACACCAGAAAUACAGUUUUCUUUGAAUACUGCAUGAAAGAGAUAAUGUCGCGCUUACAUAAAUCAGCAUGCCAAAAUAUUAUUUUUAUUUUUUCAAAUACUAGAAGUCAAGAUUAUGGACCGGGAGAUACUUUACCUGGACUGAGGAGAAUGAUAUGUGCAAUUAAUGAAAAAUUGACAGAUGUUGAAAUCAAACUGCAUACAAAUACUAAUAUUUUUUGUUUUGAUAAUGAAAGUAUUAAGUACUUGGUAGCAAAACACAAUAACGUAAACUUGAAAACCUGUACAAUGAACUAUUAUAAGCAGAGUUGGGAUGUUUCAAAGGAUGAAUUUUUACGGUUGUUUGAAUACGUUGGUAAUCUGGAACCGCAUGAUGUAAAGAAUAGUGUAAGCCUUAAUAAAACAAGAGGGUUAAUUUCCGCCAUUCUUAAACCUCUAUCAGAUUUGUCGGAUCUUUUGAAAGAAAAUAUACAGAACCUGAAUAAGAAUGAAGAAAAAAUUAGAGAAGCUAGAAAAAGGAAAGAAGAAUUGGAAGAUAAAUUGUAUAUAACAGAAACUGAUUUAGAAAUAAUUCAGUUUGAAAAGCCAUCCAAUAUUUGUACCAAUUCCAGCUGUGCUACCCUAGAAACUAGAAGUGAUGGUGUACAGAAAUGGAAUUUCAACAAAAGUUGUCACGAAGAAUGCACUUGGGUGGGAAAUCUGAUAAAAGAGGAGAGUAUUGGCCACUGGGGUCUUCGUUAUUGUUCCGUAAUUAGACUUUGGGAUGGUACGUGCAAGAAAUGCGAAUGUUCAUUGUCAGAUCAUAUGAUAAUUUUUUACGGAACCAAAAAACAUCAGAAAAAAGUAUUGGUUACUGAUGUUAAAAAAGAACUUGACUCUACAGAAAGUAAAAUCGAUACUUUUGAGCGAUAUAUUCAGCAAGUGUUACAACGAAAACAGAAGUUACAAAAUGACCUUGAUUUUAUGACAAAAUGUGCCGCAAAAUUUGCAGUUUUUAUAAAAAAUAAUGCUAUCACAUCUGUAAAUGAUGCAUAUGAAGGGUACAUGGAUCUUUUAAUUAAACGAGCGGAAUACGAAGGAGAUUCUGAACGUAUUAAAGAUUUAAAGGGUAUCUUAGAAAAACAUAUGGAACUGAAAAAAUAUUUUGAAGCAUCAGAUUCACUCACAGAUUGCAGUGUAACCUCUCAAAGCAUAGAAGAUGACAUACAAAAAUUGUUCAACUGUAAAUAUGUUGGUCCUAAAAUUAAAGAAAUCUACGAAAAGAAAAAUAAAUGUAUUAUAAAUGCAAAAGAGAGUGACAGCAAAAUGAAAAUCAUUUCCGGUAUUUUCUUACGAAUGAAAAAAAUUAAAAAUAAAGCAUUUUCACUGGGAACGUAUAUUUUUGGAUCAAAGGAUGGACCAAAUGAAUCGGCUGAGCCAGCUACUGAAGCUACGGAAGAGUCUCUAUUAUAGACGGUUAUUGUGUACUUUGUUUUGAAUCCAAAUAAUGUGUUUCUUGUUUAGAAUUAAUUAAUUUUGUAUUGGCAUUACAUUAAGUAAAUAUACAUGAAAUAAAA